GAGAGAGAGAGAGAGAGAGAGAGAGAGAGAUAUGAAUAAUAUGAGCUUAGUGCUGGUAAUCGCCAUGGUUGUCUUCUUUGGGCACAUAGGAGAUACAGAAGGUGGGGACUUGAGGAAGAAUUUCUACAAGGGUGCUUGUCCUCUCGCCGAGGAAAUUGUGAAGAACAUCACGUGGAAGCAUGUCGCUACCAACUCGUCUUUGCCCGCCAAGUUCUUGAGGAUGCAUUUCCAUGAUUGCUUCGUCAGGGGUUGCGAUGGCUCGGUUUUGCUAGACUCGACAGCGAACAACAGUGCGGAGAAGGCAGCUAUUCCGAACCUGUCGCUAGCUGGGUUUGACGUAAUAGACGAGAUCAAGGAGAAGCUAGAGGAAACAUGCCCUGGUGUAGUCUCUUGUGCCGACAUCGUCGCUUUAGCUGCUAGAGACUCGGUCUCUUUCCAAUUCAAAAAGUCAAUGUGGGACGUGUUGACCGGAAGAAGAGAUGGGAGCAUCUCACGUGAAUCAGAAGCACUAUCCAAUAUCCCUUCCCCAUUCUUCAACUUUACAUCUCUCAAGCAAUCUUUUGCCAACAAGAGCCUCACUGUUCAUGACCUUGUUGUUUUAUCAGGUGGGCAUACCAUUGGGGUCGGGCACUGCAAUUUCUUCAGCAACAGGCUCUACAACUUCACCGGCAAAGGAGACCAAGACCCUUCCCUCAACCCAACCUACGCCUCUCAACUAAAGGCCCAAUGCAAGACGCUCUCCGAUAACAUCACCACCGUCGGGAUGGACCCCGGAAGCUCCCUCUCCUUCGACAGCCACUACUACACGGCCUUAAAGCAAAACCAAGGCCUCUUCCAAUCUGACGCCGCGCUCUUGACCAACAAGGAGUCAAGCAAGAUCGUUGAGGAGUUGCUAGACCAAGAGGGUUUCUUCACCGAGUUUGGCCGGUCAAUGAAGCGGAUGGGCGCGGUCCAAGUGCUCACGGGGAGUGAUGGCGAGAUUCGGAAGAAAUGUAAUGUGAUUAAUUAGAAGUC